CAGCAGCAGCGGAUGGUGGGUGGUGCCGGUGCGGGACGAGGUCGAGGGGAAAGUUGGUUUUCAAAAAAGGACAAGGCCAGCUUCCUGCAGGACCUGCAGCUGUUUCACGACCGGAAUUGGACGCAGUUUAUGCGGUUGCCGAAGAUCGGAGGUCGGGAUGUGGAUUUGCACCGGUUGUAUUUGGUGGUGGUGGCCAGGUGGACGAAAUUGAAGUUUAAGCAGAUUUACAUCCGCUUUUCGAACAAGUACGAUAAAGUAAAUUUUAACGGUGAGGAGAAGGAUCCGACGGAAAAGGGAAAUGACGAGAAGCGCCAUAAUCGGAGGUGGUCAGCGCGGAUGUUGCACUCGGUGCCGGCGGUUUACGACAAUCAGCAGCAUUAUGUGCCGGAAGUGAUGACGGGACAGUGUGGGAUGUCCUGAGGGUCCACAGUCCAUUUCUCGU